AUGAGUCAGCUCAAGAGACUUGGAGCCUUAAGUUCAAGUUUGGGGAUUUCAAUAUUCUUCUUUUGUACUGACACAGCUAGCAGGGGAUUCAAUAUUCCAGCAGUGGAUAUGGUGAUUAACUAUGAUAUUCCCUCAAACUCCAAAGAUUACAUUCAUCGUGUUGGAAGGACUGCUCGUGCAGGGCGCUCUGGGGUUGCGAUUUCCCUUGUGAACCAAUAUGAAAUGGAAUGGUUCCUUCAGAUAGAUAAGCUUAUCGACAAAAAGCUACCAGAAUACCCUACACAACCUGAGAAAGUUUUGCUUUUGGAAGAGCGUGUUGGUGAAGCCAAAAGAUUAGCAACAACUAGAAGACUACAAAACUGA